AUUGAGAAGAAUGGUCCUUACAAUGGUGGUCAGUAGAAAGAAUACCCUUUACAUUGGUGGUCAGUGGAAAGAAAACCCCUUACAUUGGUGGUCAGUUAGAAGAAUGCUUCUUACAUUUGUGAUCAGUGGGAACAAUGUUCCUCACAUUGGUGGUCAGUGGGAAGGACGCUUCUUACAUUGCUGGUCAGUGGGAAAAAUGCUUCUUACAUUGGUGGCUAAUGGCAAGAAUGCUCCUUACAUUGGUGAUCAGUGAGAAGAAUGCUCCUUACAUUGAUGAUCAGUGAGAAGAAUGCUCCAUACAUUGGUGAUCAUUGAGCAGAAUGCUCCUUACAUUGGUGAUCAGUGAGAAGAAUGCUCCUUACAUUGGUGAUCAGUGAGAAGAAUGCUCCUUACAUUGAUGAUCAGUGAGAAGAAUGCUCCAUACAUUGGUGA